AUGACGUUGCUCAUCUCGACGUUGACGUCAAGAAGACGUCGGAUCUCAAUCAAGGAGUUUCUUCAUUCGACAACCUUGUUCGAGAAAUCCUCAUUCGCCUCCAGAAUCUCCACCAAAAGGAGUUCGGUCAUUGGUGAGUGAUUCUGGCUUUCCAGUGGGCGUGGCGUGUCUGCGCUCUCCACUAACCAGGCACUAUAUCGUGCAUUAUCGUGUCAGGACCCUUUUUUGAUGAAUCAAGCUAGCCGUGAAUCAGCUAUAUGCUUUCAGGAUUAAUUCGAUUAUUUCUAUUCUAGACUUUUUAAAAUGACCUUCAGCAUCAAAUUCAUUAUUUUCUAAAAAAACGGAAAAUUUUAGAUUACCAGGAUAAUUACGACGUCCCUUUUUCCGUUUAUUGCGUUUCAUUUUUCAAAAUUUUUCCUUUCUUGAAUAUUUUCUCCCAUGAAUCGCUAGAUUUAUAUCAAGUUUUCGGGAGAAAAUUUUGUCUUUUUGAAAAAAAGGAAAAUGACCCAUUUUCCCCGAUUUUUCUCAAGGAAAUUGAAUGGGAAACUGUUUAAUUUUUGUCAUUUUUUUCUGAGAAAAUGAGAAUUUUUUUGGUUUUAGAGAAUACAAAGUAGUAUUUUUAACUCCGUUUGAAGUCGAUUUUUAACUUUUCGAGUGUAGGACAAAAGCGCCGGUUCCAAGAGCGCCGUUCAAAUUUAGCGCCAGUCCGCAAUGCGCCGUCGCGUGUAUGCGCCGUGUAUGCAGACGCCGCUUUCUUUUGCGCCGAGUCCGUUUGCGCCGAAUCGUUUUGCGCCGUUAUUUCAAACUUUUAUUUAUUCGCUGUUUUUCUAUCAUUGUUUAUUGAUUGUGUAGUACACAUUCAUAUACGACUCGAAUAAUUUUCGCGCCAUCUGUUAAUAUGGACCUUUCUGCCGCAUUUUCGGAAAAACUCGAACUAUUGUUUCAAGAAAAUGAGUUCAACGUUACGAAAAACGAUUUUCUGCUGUUUCACGUCUGCUAGAAUUGAAACUUUGCCCUACCUAACGCAGAAAAUUUGCAAUCACUCAAUAUGUCGUUUAAAGCAAUAAUUUUUUUUUAUCCAUUCUCUUUUCCUUACGUUUUCUGUAUUUUUCGAAAUCAGAAAAGCAUAUUUGCUUUUUUAUUUUUACUUUGAAAAGAAAAAAGGGGAAAAAAUAUUUUACCUGGACCAAAGUGGACCUAAAACUCAUCAUUAACGGAUGGCGCGAAAAUUAUUCGAGUCGUAUAUGAAUGUGUACUACACAAUCAAUAAACAAUGAUAGAAAAACAGCGAAUAAAUAAAAGUUUGAAAUAACGGCGCAAAACGAUUCGGCGCAAACGGACUCGGCGCAAAAGAAAGCGGCGUCUGCAUACACGGCGCAUACACGCGACGGCGCAUUGCGGACUGGCGCUAAAUUUGAACGGCGCUCUUGGAAUCGGCGCUUUUAUCCUAUACUCAACUUUUCUACGAAUUUUGUUGAAGGAUUUCUAGGAUUUUCUCAUUAAAUUUGUUGAAUUUUGAGGAUUUUUCAUGCAGAUUUCUUCAAAUAUCAUCCUAAACUCAUAUUCAUUUGAAUCAAAAAUUAAAUAAAACCUUGAUUUUAUCCGAAUUUCAACUCCUUUCGCCUGAAGAAAUCGUGAGAAGAUUCUCAAAAUUGAUCUUUCACGAUUUUCCCCUUUCUUGGACCUAAAUGAAUCGCCUUUUUCGGUUAUUUCAACGACUUAUGAUGAUUAUUUAUCGAUAAGGUCCCGCAAAAUUGCGAUAAAAGACACUUUGCCAAGCGGCUGAUAACGCAUCUUUGACGUGUGAAUUUUGGACGAUUGUACAUUUUCUUAUUGAUUUUUCCCCCUUUUGAGGAAGCGGCUUUAAAUAUUUCAAAAUCGCGUAGGAGGCAUCAAUUUUUUCAUUUUAUGAUUCAAAAAAUAGGUCAUUUUUAACAAAAAAUAUUUUUUCUAGACCCUUCAUUCUUCUUCUCAACCGAUACGCCGGUACCUCCGGAAAAGUCAAUAUCUCGGAAAUCUUCCAUGUACAACAGGUUUCCAAGCCUUUUUUCUUUGUUCCCAUCCAUUAAUAUUCUAAAAUUCCAGUGCCUAUGACCCGAUUCAUAGCCUGAGCUCCUGGCUCAGCGACGACGAAAAAGAAAGCGUCUUGAAGGCUUUGGAUGGUAUCGACUGCAAGGUGAAUAAUGGCAAAAAUAUUUUUUAACUACACGGGUUUCGAACCUGGGACCUUUUUGGUAGCACUUCGAAAGCAUUAAAAGUGAACUAGAAUCGAAAAAAGGCGUUUAUAUGAAUUUUGAGAAAUGGCAAAAUAUAUGUGAGUCUGUAGAGGGAUCGAACCUGUGACCUUUAUUUUGUUGGUUUGACCUCAUUUCUUCUUCAAAAAAAGCAUUAAAAUAAAUUUUGAAAAACGGCAAAAAUUUGGAAAAUCUGGAUUGGGAUCGAACCUGUGACCUUUCUGGUGUUGGUUUGAGCCCAUUUUCUCGCAGAAAUUUCUCAUUUUACAGUCAUUUUUAUAGUCUAAAAUGUUAGUUUGAGUUUUUUGGUUUGAAAACUUGCUUUCCAGGUCGAAGCCUCGGGGAUUUGUCGUCUGGUUCGAGCCAAAAAUGGGUCUUGGAACGAUGAGCACGAGCCCGGACUCAUUGCGUUUGUUAAGGUUCUCAAUUUUUGCAUUUUCUUGUGAAAAUUUCGAUCAAUUUCGAUUUUGUUCAAGUUCUUACGCGAAUAUGACGUGCUGGGGAAUUUCUAGUGACCACUUUAGUAGCGUCAGCCCUCUUAAGUGACCCCUAGAAUGGCUCUGUAACUUUCGGAGCGCGUCCGGUUUCCGGUAGUGUAGUCCGAGUUAUUGUCGACUUUGAUAUUUGGAAAAAAAUUCGGAAAUGUUUGGUUGUGCCCGACUCGGAACGACUUGCGCGCCAGGAAGUAAGACCGAGUAAAAUUGAUUGCUCCCGACUUGAAACGACUUGCGCGCCACGAAGUAAGACCGAGUAGAAUUUAUUGCAUUUAUCGCUCCCGAGUUGAAACGGCUUGCUUAGAUCACGCCAAGGAGUUAAUUCAAGCAAAAUAGAUUGCGCCCGACUUGAAACGGCUUGCGCGCGAAGUAGUUAGAUCAACCCGCAACGCAACCGCGACGCAUCCAAUAAUUUCAAACAUACCCAGAAUCACAAGAUGUAUGAUUUUUCAGGAUUCCGCAAUCAGAAAGUAUCGACUAACCCUUUAUGAAGUAAUGGUUGAUGGUCGGUCGGCCAGGGUUUCUUGGUCCCUAAACGUGUGAGUUUUUUUACCCUCCUUCGACCUUUAUCUAUCCCAAAAUCAAUUAAUUUUGAAUUUUUCCAGGAGCGCCCAAUUCCAAACAUCCAAAGAGCACGACCAUUUGGUGACUUUCUCCACGGAAAUUGAGCCUCUCGAGACUUUUGGCCUGAAUUUCUACGACAAGGAAGAGGCCAAGAAGUUCCACGAGGCGGUUUCAGAGCGAAAAUGUUCGUUUUUUGAGAGAAAUUGGUGGAAAAUAGUUGUCCAAAAUCUUUUCCAUUUAUUUGCGUUGUUAAAAUUUCCAUUCACACGUUUUAUUCAAGAAAAAUUGUAGAAGAAAAGCGAAAGUCUGGAAAUUUCGCCGAAAAGGGUUACGGUAGUUUUGAAGUCUGCAUACACGACCACAAGAGCCGUUCGUGCAUUUUUGCGUCUCAACAUUUACGCUCAUUAUCAUCAUUUUUUUUUUGUUUUUUUUUUCAAGUACCUUAGCUUCUUCAUUUUGAAAUUUUUGUUUCAGCUCGAAAAUCACCAAAAAGGAUGGCACCCGCCCCGCCAAGCAGUGAGAAUGAGGUAGUUUUUAAUAUGGCCACGAGAAUUUUUCCAUGUAAUUUUGCAAAAACUUCCUUUUCGAGAAAAGGACGAACGGUUUUUGUUUGACGUUAUCGCAUUGCAUUACGAGGAAAAGGAGGAAAUUUUUUUCUGAUAAGGAUUCGCUGCCUUUCCUCCCAUUUUAACUACCUUUUGUUGGCCGUUUUGCGCUAGAUUUUCUGCAAUUUUUAUUUCUAGAGAAAUUGAAAUUUUCUGUAUUUAUUUUAUUAUUUUUUCUAUACAAUAAUGGGCGAUUGCGUACUGUCGGAAGCUGGAAAUAGGAACAGUUUUCUUUGGCAGAAGGUAAUUUUUUUGAAAAAAAAAAUUUCUUUUGGGUUAUCAUUAGAAAUUUUUUUGUCAGUUUCAUUUUUUAAAAAAAUCAAUUUGGUCUUUUUCCAAUAGGAUCUUCCACAAGAAGUAUUACAUUCGAAAAAGUUUUUUUCUAUUUUUCUUUGUUAUAUAUAUAUCAGCAUGUUCCUAUGGCUACCACGACCCUAGGGAACAAUUUACAAGGUAUUUUUUUCAAUUUUCGAAAUUAAUUCGUUAUUUUUUUAGUUCAAUCUUCCAGUGAUACGCUCAAGACAGAGAAGAAGGAUAAGAAGAAGAAAAAAAAGGUUUUUUAAAACAGGAUUUUUUUAAUGAUUUUUAUUUGGUUUUCAGGGUUUGGAAUAUUCACCUCACUGUUCAAUAGAGGCCCGAAAAAGAAGCCGUCAGCCUUGCAGAUCGAUGCGCCGACCGAUUUUUAAGUGGGAUUUAUGAUUUUUUUGAAGUUUUUUUGAUUAGAAAACUGAAGUUUUUUUAAUAAAGAAAACUCUUCAAAAAUCUAUAUUUGUUAUUUUCAAUGAAAAAAAUGAAAGAAAGCUUUUUUUGGUUUAACUUUGAUUUUUCAGACAUUUGAGCCACGUUGGCCUGAAUUCGGAUCAAGCCGAACUGUACCAGGAAGUUUUGGCCCACGUCGAGGUCCAUAAUCACAAUUUAUUCGAAAGCUGAAGAAAAAACUUCAGGUAAAAGACGAGGAGGAAAAGCUGAUGCUGGCGGAAAUCGUCAAGAAACACGACCAGAAAAUCCGGAGGUCUUUGAGGAAAAACGAGAGGAAAACCCCGAAAGGAGUCAAGAACAAGAGCAAUGUGGGUUUCCACGUGCAAAUUUCAGUCUAAUUUAGGAAAGUUCGCCAUAUUCCUGUACAGGUUUUAGCUUUUUUUGACUCUGGAGUAAAUUUUUUAGAGGUUUCCGAAUGGAAUAAAAUUUGUAAAGAGUCUUGAGCCCUAGAGGGACUACUUCAGAUUUUUCCAGUUUUAUAGUUUUUUCUAAACUGACUGGGAUAAUUUUUAGUGGCCACUAUAGGGUUUUGACGUUUUGGAGGCCACUAUAGUAGUCAAAAUAGUGGUCACUUAAGGGGUUGAAGGUAAUGGGCACUAGGUCUGAGUGCUACUACUAAACCACUAAAAGUUCUAGUGGCCACUUUAGGGGUCAAUGGAUCAACAUAACUGGUCCAAUCUGUUUGUUUUAAAAUUAUCAGAGUUACUGGAAGGAUUACUGGAUCGAAAACUACUGAAGUGGCCAUUAUGGAGGUGGGUUUAGUGGCCACUUUAGUGUCCUCUCCAAGUAGUCCUUGACGAGCCUCUAUAGCGGCCAUUAAAAAUUUUCCCAGUGACAUGGUUAGAAAUGCAAAUCUUGAGUUGCCCGAUGAGAUCUGAGAGAUUUUUUGAAUUUUUUAUCUCAAAGUUACCUAAAAAAUUUUAUUUUGAGAAAUAGAAGGUUCUCUCUUUCUCUGGAGCUCUCUCAGGUAGCCAUUGAUCUUGACCUUUCAUUAAAAUUAUCACCGAAGGUCUGAAAAGACCAGCAAGUCUCAAAAAUGUCAGAAAAGCGCUUCUAGCGUCCUUUGGAACCGUAGUUUUCGCUUUUUUUUUAAACUUUUCAAGGACCUUUUUCUAGCGAAGGGCAAGUUAAAGGUUCAAUAUAGUCUGUUCAGAUUUUGAAUGUCAAGUGCAAUGGCGUCAUUCAAAAACACUCUGUGGAUGGCUUGCUCUCUGAUUGGUUUAUCGCACCAUUAGGGGCGGAGCUUGAGUGACGACUUGACAUUCAAAAUCUGAACAGACUAUAAGACCGAUAGAAGGCAAAAAUUUCGAAAACCAAGUAAUAAAAUCAACUUUUAACCCUAGACCUCAAAUUUAAAGUCAUAUGGGUCAUUUUCCCUGAUUCAGAACUCCCGAAACGGAAAGUCAGAACCAGAAGAUCGAUCUCCGACGCCAGCACCGCCGUCCUUCGGCCAGAUGCCUGUAGAUCCUCUGAAUCCGGACUGGGAUUCCGAGGCGCCUUCUGCGGCCAACAAGGAGACGAUCCGAGCGACAGCCUCAUUCCGUCUCGAUUCGGUCCGACCUGCUCCAGUCACCGAAUUCACAAGAGCCACCUACUCGGUCAACGCCCCUCGCAAUGAUGUCGUUCCCUUGAACGAACGGCAACCUCACAUGCUAUACCGUUUCGAGGUCGGUCAGGCUUAUUGUAGGGAGCAUGAACUUGAUAGAGUUUCGAAAAAGAUCGCUUGGACCGGCUUUUUGAAAGAAAUAUGGCGAAGUUUGAGAAAGGACAACGCUACACAGUUGGGUUCGCGUGUGAAAAAAAUCAGAAAUUGCGUAAAUGUUGUGACGCAAAACUGCACAAUCGGCUCCUGAGUCCGUUUGUGCAGACUUUAGAGCUACAGUAACCAUUUUUGUCUUUUCACCAAGUUUUUUCAAACAAAAAUGUGUAUAAAUUAAAUCAAGGGAAGUUUUUGAAUAGUAGUAAAGUCAUGCUCAUUUUUUUCAUCCUUAGUUUCUAAUAUUUUGUGACGUUCAUCUAUAUAGCUGAUUCACAUGCGACUUGAGCCAUCGAAAAAAGGGUCCUGACACGAUAAUGCAUGAAAUAGCGCCUGACCCGUGGAGAGCGCAGACAGGACACGCCCCCUUCACGUCCCAAGAUGGCCGUGAAUUACCAUUUUAUUUCCAGAGUAAAGAUGAAGAAGCAGAAGAUGAGGCUGAAGAAGCCCCACCACUACCGGAUCGAUCCAAGUCGUUGCUCAGCCGGAGACCCACCCCGACCAGCGUUCCUAGAUUUCCUAACGGUUUCAAGAAGUCAGCUGAACGGAAAGAAGAGUGAAUGAUUCUAGACCCACCGCCACGACUACCCAGCCACCGACACCGGGCCUCGUACCGAUGGGCGACGGCGGACGAACAUCGCGAAGCCGAUGACGUGUUGCCCCGCCGGACAACCGCCGCCCCACCGCAGGCUUCCUCGUCGCCGCCGCCGCCACCUGUUGCUCAUCAUCAGAGGACCGUCAUCGAGGUCAAGGUGAGACGUGACCGUCUUUAGAAAAAAAAAAUAAAAUAAAAUAAAAUAAAUCUAGACAUUGACGUCCUUUUUAAAGUUUUCAGCUGAUUAUGACGUCAUUUGAGCUUUUUCAAAAAAAUGAAACUUGAACGGAUUUAGAAUGUCGGGGAAAAUUCCACCCCCCGUUACAGUAACCUUUUGGUGGGGACUUAAUCUUAUUCUAGAACCCCCCAUAACCAGAACAUUCUGGAAUAAUCCCAGAAGAUAGGUUGAAAAUAGCCCUUUUCAAUAACGUUUUGAAAUCUUGAAUCUAAAGGCCGCGACAUCAUUUUUGAAAAACGGGAACAACGUCAUCAGAAAGUUUACAAAAAUGACGUCAUUUUAAUGGUUGAGAGAGAUUCUGAUCGAUUUCGACUUGAAAUUAAUAUAGCUGGUUCACAUGCGGCUGGAGCCAUCGAAAAAAUAUUUACUGAAAAUAGCACUUAGAAACUUGAAUCGAAUAGGUUUCAAGGUGAAGAUUAAAUGAGAAAUGAAGAAUAAUCAACGAUUAGUUGAAAUUUUCGUUAUCCAUCAUAUCAUUUCUUCUUUUUUUACCUUAACUUAGUAAGUGUUGAAUCUAUAGCUGAUUCACAUGCGACUUGAGACAUCGAAAAAAGGGUCCUGACACGAUAAAAGAAGAGAAAGUGCCUGGCUAUUGGAGAGCGCAGUGAAGCCACGCCCCUUUUCAAGCUAGCCGUUUUCAGGUUGAAGAAGAUGAAGCCCCCCAUGCUGUUGAUGAUAUCCCGCCGAUCGCUUCAAGCGCUCCCCCGGCCCCGCCGCCACCGCCCCCAAAUUGGUCUCCAAUCAAUAAAGUAUUGAUCGAAGAAAUUGCCUCCUGAACCUCAUUGAUCUCCAGGAUGCCCCGAUCAUGCGUCCAACAGCUUUGGAGAACAACAACUUGAAGAAACCGUCGAGUCUUCCGUCGGUCAGCGUCGAGCGUCAAAGUUUGCUGGCGGUUAGUUUUUUAGGAUAGAUAUUUGGAGUUGUAGUAGGUGUCUAGGCUUGGAAAAAUAGUUUAGUUAGGAUUUCAAGUUCAUUCAUGGGCUCCUUUGGAAUUCCUGACCCUUUAGGAGGUUUUUUAGGCUAGAGGAGUUCUUGAGAAGAUCAUACGUCGGCUGGAUCCCACCCCGGGGUGCGGCGCGCAAAAAGCUGGGGUGGGACCCAGCCGAUGUAUGGAGAAGAUUAGAAAAAAUCAUAUUUUAGUCCCCAAGGCGUUUUUUGUUUUGUUUGAAGGGUUCUGGACUUGGAAAAAAGUGUUAUAAGGUUUUUAAGUACAUUCAUGGGCCCCUUAAAAUUCCUGUCUCUUUGGAAGGUUUUUAGGGCUAGGAGAGUUCUUGAGAAGAUGGAAAAAAUCAUACUUUAGUCCCCAAAAAAAGAGAUUUUUAUGGUGUUGAAAAAUCUGUAAAAAUUGGCCGUACCGGGAAAAUUUUUAGUGGCCAUUAUAGAGGCUACUUGGAGAGGACGCUGAAGUGGCCACUAAAACCACCUCUUAAGUGGCCACUAUUUUUCGUUUUAGUGGCCACUUCAGUAGUUUUUUAUCCAGUAGUCCUUCCAGUAACUGAUAACUUUUAAAAAAACAGAUUGGACCAGUUAUGUUGAUCCAUAGACCCCUAAGGUUGACACUAAAAUGUUUGGUGGUUCAGUAGUAGCACUGAGACCUCUAUAGUGGCCACUAGUUUUUAACCCCUACAGUGGCUUUUAAUUUGACUACUACAGUGGCCACUAAAAAUUUCCCCAGUCAGCUUUUGAUUGCUUCCGUGCACAGUUAGAAUCAGCUUGUCUUGUUUUCCUAUAAUACACCGAAACAAAAUAAAAUACAGGAGAUCCAAAACGCGGACAAGUCGAAAAUGCUCCGGAAAGUGAGCGACACGCCGCCGGAAACAAGUCCACGCGUCCUUUCCGACGGCGGUGGCUUCAUCGACCAGAUUCAGCAGUUCCUCAUCGCCCGCCGCCUUGGAAUCAGCCCCAGUGAUGAAGAAGGUGAGAAGAGAGCACGAGCCUGAAGAGGCCCCAGAGAUCUCUCUUUCUUUCGCGUCUCUUCGGACCUUCCUUGAUCUCUUUUUUUUCCCAUUUCUUCAGAUUUUUUAAGGAAAUUUCUUUUCUUGUAUUCAAACUCAUAGAACCUCCCGACUUCCUAACUUCAAAAAAAACGUCCGAACAUAAUUUUCUUCUCACUUUUGAGUUGUAGAGAGGGAUUUUUUGUACUUAUUGGUAUUUUUAGAAUAUUUUAUCCAUUUUUUGAAGUUUUUUUAUCGCUCAAAAAUGAAAAAAAAACAUUUUUUGAAAUGAUAAAGUUUAUCAUAAAUCAACCCGUUUUGGAGUUUUGAGUGCUGGUUUUUUUAAAGGAGCAUGGGCUCCUUUAAAAAAAUUGGAGUUUUGAGAGCUGGUUUUUUAAAGGAGCAUGGGCGAAUUUCAGCAAUCUCUCUUGAAGCGAAGAGCCUUUUUCAGUGUUUUUUUAGGUCUUCCAGAAAUUCUACGUUCAAAAGAACCCUUGAUAAGUAUUUUCGAGCACCUUUUAUUCAAGUUUCUUCUAAAUAUCCAGAGAGGAAUUUUGAAUUUUCGUCGAAUAAAUUUCAAACUCACUUUUCCCAUGUGUUACUGAUCCUUUUAAAAAUCAAAACUCUAAAAAAACCAACGGAGAAAUUUCUGGAAAAAAAAAAUUAAAGGAGCAUGGGCAAAUUUCAGCAAUCUCUCUUGAAGCGAAAAGCCUUUUCAGUGCUUUUUCUAGGUCUUUCAGUAGUUCUACGUUCAAAAGAACCCUUGAUAUGUAUUUUUGGAAAAGAAACCAUUUUUUUUUUGAGUUGUUUCAAAGGUUUCGCACUUUUUGAAAACUUCUUGUAGGCUUUUUUGAACUUUGGUCGAUUAAAAUCCAAAUUUCACCAUUCUUAUUGCUACUGAUUCUUUUAAAAACCCAAUUUUCAGUAUUUUUCAUUCCAGAAAGCGACGAUUCGGAGAGCGAAGGCUGGAGCGAUUGA